AUGUUUCGUCAGGUCAAGAGAAAGACUGCCGGCAGGAGGAACUUUGAAGAAAAGCAGGCGUCGAGUGCCCAGUAUAACCUCCCCAAGCUCUUUUCGUCGAGGCUAUCGUUUUACGAUUUGCCGCCAACCGAGGAAAUCACACUCGAGGAGUUUGAAAAAUGGGCGAUUGACAGGUUGAAGAUCUUGAUCGAGAUCGAGUCGUGCGUAGCAAGGUCCAAGAGCCAGGCAGAUAUCGAGGCCGCAGUGCGGCCGCUUUUGCUAAAGUUCAUGCCAUUGAGCGCCUCGGGCACGGGCACCGCGGAAAAUGUCAUUAUUCAAGAACGAAUGAAGGAUUACUAUAGCCACUUUAUUCUUAGAUUGGUGUUUUGUCGAGGCGACGAGUUGAGAAGAAAAUUCAUCAAGAAUGAAACGAUUUUGUUCAAAGUCCGCUACAAUUUGAUGCAACCAAAAGAGCAGCGCGAGUUUAUCGAGUUGAACCUGUACAAGUUGCCGUGGUGCUAUAUUUCGGCCAAGGAGAAGGAUGAGCUUUUCGACAAGCUCUAUGCUGCAAGUGGGAGCAUCUUGAAACAGCAUUACGCUUUGGAGGCUGUAGACGCAACAGUCACGAAUGACCAGGUCAAGCAGCGCAUGGCUCAAAAGGAAAACUUUAUCAAGUUGCCGUUUGAGAAAAUCACCACCAUGGUAUCUAGUAGGUCGAUAUAUUUACAAAAGGGGUACGGCUAUUUGCCCGGCAGUUUGCAGCUAAACUUGCUCGCGGCCGAGUUUCAAGAAAACUUGGACCAGAUCUUGAUCAGAACAUUCCAGGCUAUCCCGAGACUAGACGAAGAUGACAGGAUCGUUCUCUUGCUCACCAGCUUGUCCAAGAAUUUCGCCAGCUUCCAGUAUGACACUGAUGCCAGUAGCGAGUUCAACUCAGACAUCAAUGCCGUCACCGUCACCUCGAAAAAGAUUAUGCUGCACUAUCCACUAUGUGCCACUCAUUUACAAAGAGGCUUAAUGACUACGUCGCAUUUGAAAUACACAGGAAGGCAACAGUUGGGCAUUUUUUUGAAAGGAAUAGGACUUGAUGUCGAUGAAGCAUUAAAGUUUUGGUCUACCCAGUUUACAAAAAAUAGCAAGCUCACCAUCGACACCUUCAACAAGGAGUAUAAAUACAACAUUCGGCACCAGUACGGACUCGAAGGAGCACGAAUCAACUAUAGGCCGUGGGACUGUGCCACCAUCUUGAACAAGCCCAAGCCAAGCUCAAGCGAGUUCCAUGGAUGUCCCUACAGAGACUUUACUCAAGCGCAGCUACAGCAAGCCCUUGGCGAACGAGGCAUCAAUAGCCAGCAGGAUCUCAAUGCCAUCAUGGACAAUGUCAAAAACCACGAGUUUACCACUGCUUGCACCAGGGUGUUUGAGUUGACGCACCAGAAAGAGCUUCUUGCGAGCAGCAAAACGGGCCAAGCUGCUCAACAGGAGCACAUUAACCACCCCAAUCUAUACUUUGAUCGAAGUAGACAAUUGGAGCGGGCAGUUCUGAAGAAGGACGAGGAGAAGCAGCAUUCAGGGAAAUAG